CACGAUCACACCCAAACUGUGCCAAAAUGGAUUUUAUCUUCAACGUUCAUCUGUUUGGUGUAAGUGCGUUGGUUCGUGGAUUUGCUAGCAUGACCACAUCUCCAUGAGAGGGGAGUGAGCCGUAAUGGAGAGCUUGGCUAUGGAUCUAUGUUGCCAGAGAGCCCUCAAACUUUCACACGACCGGUACCGCUGCUAUUUCCCCGAUUGGACUGGUGUUGCCGCGAAAGAGAGGCUGGUCACCUUGUUGUUCAGACCGAUUGCAAUCCUUUAACUUAUACUGUAAACAAGCAACGACAACUAGUAAUUACCUAGGUCUCUGCAAGCCGAGGUCAUUGCACG